AAGGUCCGAUUGUGAUGAACCGUGUGGCUGCUGUCGCGAAAAUCACGCCGAGACUGUUUCUAGCUCAGCUGGGGAGCAAGCAAUUGCAGAGGGGUAUUGCCAAACCCUGCGAUGUGUUCAUAAACCACAGGGGCGUCGACACCAAGAAGACAGUGGCGGCGUUGCUGUACGACAGGCUCAUCCGAGGCAACUUCCGACCGUUUCUUGAUUACAGAAAUUUGAAGCCAGGGGAGAAGCUGUUCGACGAACUCCACGGCGCCAUUAGACAGUGUAAAGUGGGCGUGGCUGUGUUUUCGCCUCGGUAUUGCGAGUCUUAUUUCUGUCUUCACGAGUUAGCUAUGAUCAUCGAGUCCAACAAGAAGGUGAUUCCUAUAUUUUGUGAUGUAAACCCAUCUCAGCUUGGGAUAAAGGAGGAGGAUGGGUACGAAACAGAGGAUCUGAGAAGGUUCAAUUGGGCUCUUGAACAAGCCAAACAGUUGGAGGGAAUCAAAUUUAAUUCCUCAAAACAGACCCUAUCAGACAUUGUGACAAGGGCUUCAAAUAUUGUGAUCACUAGUUUGGUUGAGAUGGACGGUAGGGAUGAACAGUAGGCCCGACAUCUAACACUUAAUUCUUAUUCUUUUAUACAUCAUUCAAUUUGUUAA